AUAUCCCUGACUAUGAGGGGACUGGGGUCCCAGGGGGCCUCUGGCCAUCAUGAGAAUGGAUGCAUUAACACCAGGGGCCUUGUCAGGACCUUCCCUGUAGGAUACCCUCCAGGUCUGAGUUCUCGGGCUCUACGACAUGAUGAGGCAAGACUUUUCUCCCUUUCCUUACUCAGCGAUGCUAAGUGGAUUCUAGGAGCCAGUGAUUCUCAGAUUCUUAGAUUCUGUGAAUUGUGGUGGUGGGGGGUAGAGACGGACUCCCUGCAUUUUUCUCCGUGAAAUAACUUCCAUGCCCCUCACCCUCUGUGGGAAGACGGGAUGCAGAGCUCCCCCUCCCUGGGCAGUAAGAGCAGUGCUGACCGUAUCAAUUCCCCUAAGGAGAAACUGAGGCAUAGAGCAAAGCAAAGCUUCUGGAAACCCAGUCCUAUUCAGUUUCUUUCCCUGGUGUUUCCCGUUCCAUCACACACACAGAGUGAUGUCUCUACCUGCUUGGGACGCCUCUGUGAUUUAUUUGAGUUUUUUUCCCUUGUUUUUUUUUUUUUUCUAACUCUACACACUUUUGUUUAAAAAACUGUGGUUUCUCAUGAGCCCUGUUAUCUCAUUGAUACCUCUCACCUCUGUGGUGAGGGGAAGAAAUCAUAUUUUCAGAUGACUCGUAAAGGGCAAAGAAAAAACCCAAAAUUUCAAAAUUUCCGUUUAAGUCUCAUAAUCAAGAAGAGGAGAAACAGAGUGAGUGAGAGAGAGAGAGAGCAAGAGAGAGAAAAAACUAUGAGAACCCCCCCCACCCUGUGAUUAUCAGCACACAUACUCAUCGAAAAAAAAUUGGAUUAUUAGAAGAGAGAGGUCUGUGGCUUCCACACCGUGGUUUUUCUUCUCGGUAUAAAAGCAAAGUUGUUUUUGAUAUGCGACAGUUUCCCACAAGCCUGGCUGAUCCUUUUCUGUGAGUCCACUUCAAGAAGCCUGCCCUCGGACAAGGACCCAAUGCCCAACCCCAGGCCAGCCAAGCCCUCGGCCCCUUCCUUGGCACUUGGCCCAUCCCCAGGAGCCUCACCCAGCUGGAGGGCUGGACCCAAGACUUCAGACCCGCUGGGGGCCAAGGGCCCAGGGGCAACCUUCCAGGGCCGGGACCUCCGAGGCGGGGCCCAUGCCUCCUCCUCUUUGAACCCCAUGCCACCAUCACAGCUGCAGCUGCCUACAGUGCCCCUAGUCAUGGUGGCACCCUCUGGGACACGGCUGGGCCCCUUGCCCCACUUGCAGGCACUCCUCCAGGACAGGCCACACUUCAUGCACCAGCUCUCAACGGUGGAUACCCACGCUCGGACCCCUGUGCUGCAGGUGCGCCCACUGGACAGCCCAGCUAUGAUCAGCCUCCCACCACCCACUGCUGCCACUGGUGUCUUCUCCCUCAAGGCCCGGCCCGGCCUGCCACCUGGAAUCAACGUGGCCAGCCUGGAAUGGGUGUCCAGGGAGCCGGCACUGCUAUGCACCUUCCCAAGCCCCAGCACACCCCGGAAAGACAGCACCCUUUCAACCGUGCCCCAGGGCUCCUAUUCACUGCUGGCAAAUGGUGUCUGCAAGUGGCCUGGAUGUGAGAAGGUCUUCGAGGAGCCAGAGGAUUUCCUCAAGCACUGCCAGGCGGACCAUCUCCUGGAUGAGAAGGGCAGGGCACAGUGUCUCCUCCAGAGGGAAGUGGUGCAGUCUUUGGAACAGCAGCUGGUGCUGGAGAAGGAGAAGCUGGGUGCUAUGCAGGCCCACCUGGCUGGGAAGAUGGCUCUGACCAAAGCUCCAUCCACGGCGUCAUCCGACAAGGGCUCCUGCUGCAUCGUGGCCACUGGCACCCCAGCCGCCACUGGCCCAGCCUGGCCCAGCCCCCAGGAGGCCCCUGACGGCCUGUUUGCUGUGCGGAGGCACCUCUGGGGCAGCCAUGGAAAUAGCACAUUCCCAGAGUUCUUCCACAACAUGGAUUACUUCAAGUUCCACGACAUGCGGCCACCCUUCACCUACGCCACCCUCAUCCGCUGGGCCAUCCUGGAGGCUCCCGAAAAGCAGCGGACCCUCAACGAGAUCUACCACUGGUUCACACGCAUGUUUGCCUUCUUCAGAAACCACCCCGCCACCUGGAAGAAUGCCAUCCGCCACAACCUGAGCCUACACAAAUGCUUUGUGCGGGUGGAGAGUGAGAAGGGGGCCGUGUGGACCGUGGAUGAAUUCGAGUUCCGCAAGAAGAGGAGCCAGAGGCCCAGCAGGUGUUCCAACCCCACACCUGGCCCCUAAUCUCAAGACCAAGGAAAGGAGGAAGGAAGGACAG